GAAAUGAGUGGAAUUGGAAGAGGUAAAGGUCUUGAACGAUCAGGCCCUAUGAUUAGAAACCGAAAGGUUUUACAAGACAACAUCCACGGUAUCACGAAGCCAGCUAUUCGUAGACUUGCCAGAAGAGGAGGUGUUAAGAGAAUUUCUGCCGCCAUAUAUGAAGAAGUAAGAAGUGUGCUUCGAUCAUUCUUAGAGAAUGUUGUCCGUGACGCUGUUACCUAUACUGAACACGCCAAGAGAAAGACUGUCACUGCUAUGGACGUCGUUUAUGCCCUUAAACGUCAAGGUAGAACACUUUACGGUUUUGGUGCUUAA